CAAAGUCCAGCACACACACACACACACAGCAGAGAGGGUUCUGCCACAGGCCAAGUGUGUGUGAGUGUGAGAGCCAUGUCUUCUCUGGCUGUGUUCCUGAAGAACGUUCCUGCCUGGUUCCUGUGUGGAGGAGUUUUCCUGCCCGUUGCUGUCCUGCUGCUGCUGCUGAUCAUCCACCUCAGCUGGAAACUACAGGAAGUGGAGGUGGAGCUGUCUCGGGUUCGAGACCCUCGGGACACGAUGGAGCGACUGACCUUCAGACCCACACACACACACAUCCACCAUCACACACACACUCACCUGCACAGAUCAGCCGAGACGUGAGGACAAGCGGAGUUCACAGGAACACUAACGGCAGCUGAAGCCCUGAGAACGGAGAACAUGUGGAGGGAAUGGCGUGGAACACCUGGGGAACAAGCAGGACCCUCAGAACUGCUGAAUUAAGGGGCUCGCGCAUUAGACCUGUUUCAUGUUAAUCGGUCUUUUAGACUGAUUAAGUAAAUGAGCUCUGUUCUGAUUGGCUGCACACUGUUCAAAUAGCAGUCUUGACUCCUUAUGGCUUCAGUGUGAGGGGGCGGGGCUAAACUGCUGUAGGCUAAGUAGGCCAGAGAUAUUUGUUUACGUUGAAGGGAAGCCCUCAGGGCCUUCCAGGCCUUCAAAGCUCUUCAUGAACAAAAAACAUCUCUCCUGGUCUUCUGGAAGUUCUAGAUACGUCACUAACUGAACGCGAGCCGUAGUCUAAGCAGGUGUCGGGUAGUUGUUAGGAAUGCAAGCAGCUCUGGAAGAGUCACCAUACACUCUCAGAAACAAAGGUACUAAACCAUCACUGGGGUGAGACCCUCAAGGCUCCAUUUCAGUACCUUCAGUCAGGGAACAUAACUGAACCAUAACCCACUGAAAUGAUCUGUUCUAAGUACUCCACACACCCCGCCUCGCCUCGCCUCCAGGCUUUUAU